UUCAACUUUUAAUUUUUUUAGAUUCUACAUGGAAGUGAUGCAUACCAUUUAGUACUUAUCUUUUUUGGUCUGGAUUAUUUUACACAGCAGAAUGCCUUCCAGGCUCAUUCAUGUUGUCGAAAGUGUCAGGAUUUCCCUCUUUUUAAAGGCUGAAAAAUAUUCCACUGUUUGUGUGUAUUAUACAUACCACUUUUUCUUUUAUAUUCAUCCAUUGAUGGACACUAAGGUCAUUCGCAUGUCUUGCUUAUUCUGAGUAAUGCUUCAGUCAGUAUGAGAUUACAAGUACAUCUUUGAGAGAAUGACUUUGUUUCCUUUGGAUAGAGACCCAGAAGUGGGGUUGAGGGACCAUGUGUUGUAUUUUUCAUUUUUUGAGAAACCUUCAUACUGUUUUCCAUAGUGGUCGUAGAAAUUUAAUUCCCAUCAGCAGUGCACAGGGUUCCCUUUUCUCCAUGUCCUUGCCAACACUUGUUAUCACUUGUCUUUUUGACAGUAACUAUCCUAAAAGGUGGGCUUCCCAGGUGGCGCUAGUGGUAAAGAACCUGCCUGCCAAUACAAGAGAUGUUAAGAGAUGCGGGGUUUGAUCCCUGGAUCAGGAAGAUCCCCUGGCGGAGGGCAUGGCAAUCCACUCCGGUAUUCUUACCUGGAGAAUCUCUUGGACAAAGGAGCAUGGUGGGGCCUGGUAGGCUAUAGUUCAUAGGCUCGCAAAGAGUCGGACACAACUGAAGCGAUUUAGCAUGCCUGCAUACAUCCUAAAAGGUUUGAGGGGAUAGCUAACCCAACAGGUGGUAGGUGUUUGAAGGAUAGCGCUAACAGGUGUGUGAGUUUCAGGUCAUAGUAUUUAAAUAGACUACAGCAGAAGUGGCAUUUUCUCGAGUUCUGCAGGGUAGGAGGCCUCCUCAACUCUUUUGGCCAGGAAGGUCACAGGUCCUUGACCACUUUUAAAACUGAAGCCAUGAUUCCUCAAGGACAGGUGUGCUCAGAGGUAGAGAAAAUGCAUCACACAUGGCUCAGACGGUAAAGUGUCUGCCUACAAUGCGGGAAACCCAGGUUUGAUCUCUGAGUCAGGAAGAUCCUCUGGUGAAGGAAAUGGCAACCCACUCCAGUACUCUUGCCUGGAAAACCCAAUGAACGGAGAGCGUCCAGUCCAUGGGGUCGCAAAGAGUCGGACAUGACUUCACAACUUCAUUUUCACUUUUGAACUGAAGAAUCAUUGCACUUGGCCAAAGGAUCAUCUGGUCAACCUUUCUCCUUCAUUACUGGAUUUUUCCAUUUACCACAUGGAGACUUCUUCAUUGAGCCUGUCAAAAAGCAUCCGCUGGCUGAGGGAGAGUACCACCCACACGUCGUAUACAGGAGGCAGAGGCGAGGCGUCCCAGAGAUGAAGGAGCCAACCUGUGGAUUAAAGGACAGUCCUGGCACCUCCCAGAAACAAGAGCUACUGCGAGAGAAGUGGGAGAGGAGCCACUUGCGAGGCAGAAGCCUCUCUCGGCGUUCCAUCAGCAAGGAGAGGUGGGUGGAGACCCUGGUGGUGGCCGACACAAAGAUGAUUGAGUACCAUGGGAGAGAGAACGUGGAAUCCUAUAUCCUCACCAUCAUGAACAUGGUCACCGGGUUGUUCCAUAACCCAAGCAUUGGCAAUGCAAUUCACAUCGUUGUGGUUCGGCUCAUUCUACUUGAAGAAGAAGAGCAAGGAUUGAAAAUAGUUCACCAUGCAGAGAAGACACUGUCCAGCUUCUGCAAGUGGCAGAAGAGCAUCAAUCCCAAGAGUGACCUCAACCCUGCCCAUCAUGAUGUGGCCGUCCUUCUAACCAGAAAAGACCUCUGUGCAGGUGUCAAUCACCGCUGCGAGACUCUGGGGCUGUCCCACCUGUCAGGAAUGUGCCAGCCUCACCGGAGUUGUAACAUCAAUGAAGACUCUGGACUCCCCUUGGCUUUCACAGUUGCCCAUGAACUUGGACACAGCUUCGGCAUCCAGCAUGACGGGAAGGAAAACGACUGUGAGCCCGUGGGCAGGCACCUGUACAUCAUGUCCCGCCAGCUGCAGUACAAUCCCGCCCCGCUGACAUGGUCCAAGUGCAGCAAGGACUAUAUCACUCGCUUCCUGGACCGAGGCUGGGGAUUCUGUCUGGAUGACAUCCCGCAAAAGAAAGGCUUGAAGUCCAACAUCAUUGCCCCUGGAGUGAUCUAUGAUGUUCACCACCAAUGCCAGCUGCAGUAUGGCCCCAAUGCUACCUUCUGCCAGGAAGUAGAAAAUGUUUGCCAGACACUGUGGUGCUCAGUGAAGGGCUUUUGUCGUUCCAAGUUGGAUGCUGCUGCAGAUGGGACUCAAUGUGGUGAGAAGAAGUGGUGUAUGGCUGGCAAGUGUAUCACAGUGGGCAAAAAACCAGAGAGCAUUCCUGGAGGCUGGGGCCGCUGGUCACCCUGGUCCCACUGUUCCAGGACCUGUGGGGCUGGAGCCCAGAGUGCAGAGAGGCUCUGCAACAACCCUGAACCAAAGUUCGGAGGGAAGUACUGCACUGGAGAACGAAAACGCUAUCGCUUGUGCAACAUCCACCCCUGUCGCCCGGACACACCCACUUUUCGGCAGAUGCAGUGCAGUGAGUUUGACACUGUUCCCUACAGGAAUGAAUUCUACCACUGGUUUCCGGUUUUUAAUCCAGCACAUCCUUGUGAGCUCUACUGCCGACCCAUAGAUGGCCACUUUUCUGAGAAAAUGCUGGAUGCUGUCAUUGAUGGUACCCCUUGCUUUGAAGGCGGCAACAGCAGAAAUGUCUGUAUUAAUGGCAUGUGUAAGAUGGUCGGCUGCGAUUAUGAGAUCGACUCCAACGCCACAGAGGACCGCUGUGGUGUGUGCCUUGGGGAUGGCUCAGCCUGCCAGACUGUGAAGAAGAUGUUUAAGCAGAAAGAAGGAUCUGGUUAUGUUGACAUCGGACUGAUUCCAAAAGGAGCCAGGGACAUACGAGUAAUGGAGGUUGAAGGAGCUGGAAACUUUCUGGCCAUCAGGAGUGAAGACCCUGAAAAAUAUUACCUCAAUGGAGGAUUUAUUAUCCAGUGGAAUGGGAACUACAAGCUGGCAGGGACCGUCUUUCAAUAUGACAGAAAAGGAGACCUGGAGAAACUGAUGGCCACGGGUCCCACCAAUGAGUCAGUGUGGAUCCAGCUUCUAUUCCAGGUGACUAAUCCUGGUAUCAAGUAUGAGUAUACAAUCCGGAAGGAUGGCCUUGACAAUGACGUGGAGAAGCUGGUGUACUUCUGGCAGUAUGGCCGCUGGACAGAGUGCAGUGUAACAUGUGGAACAGGUAUCCGCCGCCAGACUGCCCAUUGCGUGAAGAAGGGCCGUGGGAUAGUGAAAGCUACGUUCUGUGAUCCAGAAACACAACCCAAUGGGAGACAGAAGAAGUGUCAUGAAAAGGAUUGUCCACCCAGGUGGUGGGCAGGGGAGUGGGAAGCAUGUUCUACAACAUGUGGGCCCCAUGGAGAGAAGAAGCGAACGGUGCUGUGCAUCCAGACCAUGGGCUCGGAUGAGCAGGCUCUCCCCUCUCAAGACUGCCAGCAUCUGCUGAAGCCCAAGACCUUCGUGUCCUGCAACAGAGACAUCCUAUGUCCAUCAGACUGGACGGUGGGCAACUGGAGUGAGUGCUCUGUUUCCUGUGGUGGUGGAGUGCGGAUUCGCAGUGUCCUGUGUGCCAAGAACCACGACGAGCCUUGCGACAUGACAAGGAAACCCAACAGCAGAGCUCUCUGUGGCCUCCAGCAGUGCCCAUCUAGCCGGAGAAUUCUGAAGCCCAACAGAGGCACGAUUUUCAGUGGGAGAAAGCUACCAACACCUGACCCCUUCAAGCCUGUCCCUCCAACUACACCCAGUCCUAGGACACUGACUACACCCAGUCCCAGGGUGCUGACUACACCCACAGUGCCUGGGCCUCUGGGCACAAGCACUCCGACAAUGAACAGCCCUGAUCCUACCGCAGCCUCCAAAGAAGGAGACCUGGAUGGGAAGCAGGGGCAGACUAGUUCAAUCCAAACUGAACUGGACACCCAUAAUGUCAUUUCCACUGGAAGUACUUCCCAGCCCAUCCUCACUUCUUGGUCUUUGAGCAUCCAGCCAAAUGAAGAGAAUGUUUCCAAUCCCAACACUGGUCCUACCUCAGAGGGAGACCUUGUCAUCACGACGACGAGUGGUUCUGACUUGUCAACUUCCAGCAGUGCUGUGACUUGGCAGGUGACUUCAUUUUACAGUCCCUUGACCAAAGAGCCAGAAAUGGAGAUUCACAGUGGCUCAGGGGAAGGCAGUGAACCAUCUGAGAAAAAAAAUGAGAACAACUCUGUGACAUGGACCAAGAUCAGAGUACCUGGAAAUGAUGCUCCAGGGGAAAGAAGUACUGAAAUACCACUUGGACCUCCACCAACACCUUAUCUUGGGGGGGCAUCUCUAUGGCCACCCUUUAGCACAGUAUCAGAAGGACUGGUACCCAGCCAAAGGCCCAUUAGUCUCAAAAAUGGAGCAUCCAGAGCUGAAGGGACGGUCACUGAAAAGCCAGCUAAUACUCCACUCCCUCUGGGAGGAGACCACCAGCCAGCAUACUCCAAAAAGCCAGUAAACCCUCACCCAACAGAACUUCCAAGCAACAUGAAUCUAACACAGAGUUCUGGACCAGUCCUGACCAAGGAAGAUGCAACAAGUCUGAUGGCUGAGGGAUUUUUGCUGAAUGCCUCGGAUUACAAGCAUCUCUCGAUGGGACGCAGCCCUGCCUACUGGAUUGUUGGAAACUGGAGUGAGUGCUCCACCACGUGCGGGCUGGGGACCUACUGGCGGAGCGUGCAGUGCAGCACCCACGUGGAUUCCGACUGCGCCACCCUGCAAAGGCCAGACCCGGCUAAGAGGUGCCACCUCCGUCCCUGCGCUGGCUGGAAAGUGGGAAACUGGAGCAAGUGCUCCAGAAACUGCAGCGGGGGCUUCCAGAUCCGGGAGAUUCAGUGUGUGGACAGCCGGGACCACCGGAGCUUGAGGCCAUUUCACUGCCGAUUCCUGGCCGGCCUUCCUCCUCCACUGACCACGAGCUGUAACCUGGAGCCCUGUGAGGAGUGGCAGGUGGAGCCCUGGAGCCAGUGUUCCAGCUCCUGUGGAGGUGGAGUUCAGAAGAGAGGAGUGACUUGUCCAGGCCUCUGUGACUGGACUGAAAGACCCCCAUCCACCGCACCCUGCAGCGGGCAGCCUUGCUGUCACUGGGCCGCUGGAAACUGGGACCCGUGCACUGUGUCCUGUGGAGGUGGCUUUCAGAAGAGGACUGUCCAUUGUGUGGCCUCAGAGAACAAUAAAACCGAAGGCCAGGACCAAUGCCUGUGUGAUCAUGAACCCAGACCCCCGGAAUUCCAGAAGUGCAACCCGCAGGCCUGCCGGAAGAAUGCUGAUCUCCUUUGCAUCAAAGACAACUUAUCAGCCAGUUUCUGCCAGACGCUUAAAACCAUGAAGAAAUGUUCUGUGCCCACCGUGAGGGCUCAGUGCUGCCUCUCGUGUUCCCAGACACACGUGGCCCACACACAAAGGCCAAGAAAGCGACAGCCACUCAAGAACCCCAAAGCACCCUAAGUGCAGAAGGAAGCCACCCUCCACCAUAGACUGCAGCAGCCUGCUGACCAGGACAUGUUCUGGCCCAGAGACCACUUUCUUGCCGUGUUAUUCUGCAUGUUUCAGGUUCAACUUUGACUCAUAACAAAACAAAGCACACUGCGUCCCUUUAACCACACAAUGUCCCUAGCAGGAGUCAUGGCACUGUUGUGCUCACUGCUCCCUGAUAGAGGCAGGUGAGGUAUCCAGGAGAACUGGGCUUCUCAUGGGAUCAUCUCCUGGGAAAGGUAUCGAAUUGGACAAGUCUAUGAAAUGAUGUCUUUUGUUUCUCCCUUAAAGAUAAAAACAGAGAGACCAUAUUUUUCCCAGACUACCUCAAGAGACUAUCAGGAAAUAGAGCCUCACUUAUCCAGGGAACAAAUAUUCUUGUUAAUUUACUUUGAUGAAAUCACUCCCUUUUUUCUUUUUUUCCCUAAAUCUCCCUACUUGGGGCAGCUGCUGUUUCAAAUGUCAUGGGAGAGCUUUUGGGAACAUUCUUGUAAUUCAACCAGGCAGGGGACUGCUUUCUUUACCCAAUAUUUAACUGAGGCAGGAAGAAAAAGUCUUGGCUACAGACUCAGUCUGUCCCUAUUCCCUGUAGACUCUACAUCUGAGCUGUUUAGACUCCCGUGCCUUCCUAGGGACACUAGAAGAAGAGGAAAUGGGCAGGAACUGUAGCUUUAGUAAACUUAAGGGAUUUAGGUUAUAUAGAAGACAUUUCUGACUUUGGAUAAUUUCUAUGAAAACUCUUAAAAAACAAAUGAUCAGAAAUCAGUUUCUUGUAUAAGGAAGAGAAUGUGGGCUUCUAUUCUUCCCACUUCCCUGGCACAUACCCAUUCCUUUGCAGAAGAGCAUGUGAGUCUUCCUGUGUGACUUUCCC